ACUAAGUAUUGAGACACAGCCAGAGUUCUCUUUUCUUAUUGGCUCUGUUCUCCUCAUGCUAUGCUAAUUCCGGUAUAUGUGCUUAACUGAGGAUUAAAUAGCCUGUUGCCGCCAAGUUUCCCCUCAAAAUAGGCGUCUUCCUAUAAUAGGUUUUGAACUGAAGGUCUGUCAUGUACGCUGAUGAGUGACUGUUUGGAAGAUGUUACUAUUAGCGGGAUAUUCCCGAGCGCUAGUUGUGUACUGGCUAGUUAACAACAGUUAGCCUGUUAGCAUUAGUGUAAAAUGACGGAGGAUACAGACACAGGAAUAGACGUUAAACUAAAACACUGGAUUAAAUCACGACAUUUUCAUAUGGUUACAAUGACAGACUAGACUCGUAGUAGAGAUGAAACCUCUAAAGCCUACUUUUCCUUUGACGUGAACAGGAAGGAUGUAAUAGUUUAGAGGUGGAAAUGGCUUACUCAUCAGGCGGAUCUCAGGAGGGACAGACUGACAUCAAAACAAAGACACACACACAAGCAGAGGAAGCCAAGUGACUGUACAGAGAUACUUCCCGAGGAAUAUAUUUCAAAUUACAAAUAUGAUGAUUUCUAGCAGUGUCCGUUCACCAAAUCUCUCCAGAGGGCAGAGGCUCUGUUUCGUAACCGUUUUAACCCCAGUCUGAAGUGGCUCAUGGGGCAGAAGGACAAAGAUGGCAGCUGGGACUCUGAGAGUGAGAGCAUCAUGUCCUGUUCCUCCAGAAAUAUUCAAUGCCUUGGGCAAACUUUACAGAGCCUCAGCUCUCAAUGCCACAUGCUCCAUGAUCCUGCAUCAGGAGGCAAGCUGUUUGGCACUGUCACGAGUCUUUAUUCCUCUGAGCAAGAUGAUUUUUACCACCACCCUCAGGCUGCAACCUUCGCCCAGCAUUACUGUCAGCUACAACGCCUAAUGGAUAACAGAGCUCAGCUGCUCUUCCUCCAUGAGUACAGCCAUCGCACACAUGUGGCCACCUGCUUUGUGGUGCAACUGCGCUUAGUGUUGGAGAAGACACAUCUCCUUUUGGCUGACAGGGGGCAAGUAGAUGAACAGCCCAACUCCACAUGGAACCUCAGCCUUAGAGCUUUGUGCCAGGAAAUGCAGGUUCACAUCAACCACUGGGCUCUGCUCUGGGCUAAAGCUCGAUCUGACUUCCAUCUCCGCUGUGUUCUUUUCAGCCGUGUGAAGACCCUUGCUUCCAUGCGGCAAACUCUACACUUGCUGGGCUUCCAGGCCUUGUGGUUGAUGGAGCACUGCAUCCACACUGCACUUUCUGCUUUGGCUGCUGCCCAGCUGGACCGUGUGCCCAGAGAUGCCUUAGUGGACCUGCUGUGUGCGAUUGAGCUGUACAACCAGAUCAUAGAAGACAAGUGGAACCAGGGUAAAACAUCUGCCUGGUGCUCACAGUUCAUGUUUAGCUCAUGCUGGCCCCGUCUGGGAUCUAUUUUGCUUCAAAACAGAACUGGUCCUAAAACAUUCCCAGUUGAGCAGUUGAUGAUGAUUCUGGCCCAGAGUCAAGCUCAGAAAGCAGCUGAACAACUUUACACAUGGUCUUCCCAGCAGAGUAACCUCCUCCAUAUGGCAAAAAACCCCAACAAACUUAAGUGUCACUUUGCACACCCUAAUCCCAAUAGUGACCUUUCAUCUUCACCUACAAUAAACAUACAUGCAGUACAACUUGAACCUCAAGCUGCUUAUGAUGCCCUCAAGAUGCCCCAAAAGCCUACUCACAGCCUCUGGUCCUCGAAUGUUCUGUUCUCUUCGUUUAUCACUCGAGAUAGAGAGUGUCUCGAUGCGCUCUUUCAAGUCUUAGUGACCUCAACAAAUCUCUUAGCUCCACUUAUUCCAAAAAAACCUCUGUUAAACAGGACAGCUGAUUUGAAAGACACUGUGGUGAUUUCUAGAGGGGCCAGUGAAGGAGAAGAGAGACUGCUAAACAGACCCAGAAUGACCUCCAAGACCUACAAUGUGGCCGCAGUGGAUUUCAGGAAGUCUGAUGCAUACAUGAAGCUCUUCUCUCAUUAUAAAAAGUUGCUGUGGGGGGAAUUUGCUAAAGCAGUUGUAAGACAAUUUCAUUAUCAGCCAUACAACAGCACUCUGGGAAGUAUCAACCAGUGGAACGAUGAAAUGGUGCUUCAUUUGGCCACAUGGCUCAAACAUUCGUAUAUUGAAGACCUCAUCCCACAAGAAUGUAAAGGAAAUUUGCGCAGUUUCUGCUUUUAUAUUUUAUCCACUGCUGCGUUUACACAAUGGGAUGAAAUGAUGUGUUUGUCGCUGGGCUCAGGGCUAAAAGAGAAGUGUGUCCCAGGAUUUAAACAGGAAAGAUGUGCAGUGAGGACCACCACCAUGGAUCUCAUCCUCCAGCUCUUCCCACCACUGCAUAUUGUUCUUCAACUACUGCAGUCCCCAGACGUAGAUUCAGUUGACAGUGGAUCCAAGAGCCUCAAGAAAAAUCACCUGGGGUUGCUGUGUAGGUCUGUUGCAACUGUCCAGUCUUCUACUGUCUGGGUUAUGAGUAAAGCCUACCAGUUUUUGGCCUCCUGGUCCCUUACUAAGUUCCUGCUGGUCACACAAGGAGAUCUUAAGGAUCUUAAGGAUUCAGUGGAUGGCCUUGUCCACCUCACUCAAGCCGCCGGCAGAGAUUCCGUUCACCCUUUGAUAAUUCAGCAGACAGCCUCACUCUCUAAGGCACUUACAGAUCUACAAGCGUUCUCUGAUCUUGUCCUGAGGACCUUUUCUGUAGACUGUAAGAAAAUGUCUGUGGAGAUCUUUGAGCAAACCAUGCCACCAGCAAAGCAUUGGAGGAUCAAGCACAAAACCGAGCUGCCCAGCAGUCCUAGUGAUUAUGCAGCCUCUGCGGCUCAGAGUGUGAUUGGUCAGGUGCUGGAGGGUGUUCAGCCUCUGCCUGAUGAUGCUCGCAUUCCUGCUCUCACUGAGGCUAUGACGGCUUUCAUGGAGGCCUGGAUGGAGCACAUCCUCAAACAGAAGAUCAAGUUUAGUAUUCAGGGGGCUCUGCAGCUGAAGCAGGACUUCGACUUGAUUCGAAAUUUCAUUCGUUCAGAGGAAUACAGCCUCUCAGAAGAGCUGCACCAGAAGCUGCUGUCACUACGUGUUUUUCAUCAGGUGGAUAAUGCAAUCGUGUGCCUACUUCAGCAGCCUAUGGCCAAACCUUACCUGCCCUCUCGCAGCUGGGAGCCUUUCAGACACUGCUGUCCAAGCAGUGGACAGGUCAUGGAUCAGACAGCAGGGAGUCUUAAUAAUCUGGAGAGUAUGGACAUACAGGUAGCAUGCCAGCAGGCCCUGACACAAGCUGAGAGCUCGGUGACCCCUGAGCUGCUGUCUUCCACCCCACCUGAGUCCUACUUGGCUGUGGCUCAGCAGGAAUGGCUGGACCUGCGGAUACACAGCAGCUCACGCUGGAAACUCCCAGUGCUGCAUUGUUUCACUAAAUCUGAACCAUAGUCAAGUGGCCAAAGCAGUUAUGUCUGUGUUUACUGGCCCACCUAAAGAUCUGUUGUUCUUUCAGAUGUGUUGUUGAAUUUGUAAUAAGAAUGUGAUCAAAUGGCCAAUCAAACCAUUCAGGUUUCUUGCCAGACAGCAAUAAUUUGAGGAAAUCCUGUAGUAUGUGCAGAUCAAAACUGAAUCCUAUAUGUGUACCAUUCAUAUUUUCUGUGAAAAACUCUUUAUUGUGACUGUAACUAAUGUAUUUCAACUGUAACAAUAUGACUGAUGCCUUUCUCAAUAAAUUGUGAAAAUAGUUAAAUUAUUUAAAUAAAUUUAAUUUUAAAAUCA